AUGCUGUGUACCCUCGUGAGCAGCGCUCUAAUUCGUAACAACAAUCUUCUAACGACCCUUAGGCGGACGCGUACUAUACCGCUCAAGUUUCAUGCAAAGGAUGCACAGCGCAACGCCGCAGUAAUCUUGCACUUUAGAAACCUUGAGUUGCAACGCGAGCAAUGCAUUUACGAACGAUCUAAUGCUAAUGUCCUGAAUUACUGGAAUUCUGCGGCUGUGGCAAUCUCAGGUUUUGGUGCUCUGGGGCUCUUGGAAAAACAGCAUCUCACGACGUGCGCGUCUAGUAACGAAGACGACGAGGACACAGUUGAACGGACCAAGAAGAAAUUAAAGGAGUUGUCUAUUGUUGCCAUUGCGCAGCUUGCUGCAUUUCUAUCUGAAAAUAACAAUGAGCGAAAGCGGGUGGAGGAAUUUCUGGUCGCAGGCAAAGGCGGGCAGAUUGCCUGGGGCUUCUGCAUGGGCACGUUUAUAGGAUUUGCACUGAAGAAAGUGUCCAAGAUAGGCGCCGUGGCUAUUAUUUCACUAUUCAUGCUUUUGCAAUAUGCAAACUACUCUGGAUACUUCAGCGUCAACUGCAAGAAAUUGGAGCGUGAUGUCAAGAAGCUUUUUGAUCUUGCUAAGAACGGCGUGGUUGACACUAAGGAUUAUAAAUUAGCAAUGAGAGCGUCGGAAUCUGGUCUGCCCGCUAUUAGUGGAUUUGCUGCAGGAUUCAUUGUGGGCUUUCGCACCGGUUGA